AUGGGGAAUCGGGCGAAGUUGGCGCCCUCCAGCCGCUCGUCCCGUGCCAUGGCCCGGCUAUGGCUCUUCCUCUGCGGCUUCGUGGCGCUCCUGUCCGCCGGAGCCAGCUCGGCCGCGCAGCCAGAAAGAUGCAGCAUACCAGAGGAGGUCAACAAUGCAGAAAUUAAAGUCAACAAUAAUAAUUUAUUGAAUGCCACACUGCGGUACAGAUGCAAAGAUGGUUACAAAAGGAAAGCAGGAACAUCCAGUCUCAUUUUGUGUCAAAAAGACAGUAUCACCAACAUGCUCCAUUGGACACAGCCAAAUAUAAUAUGUAUUCGGGACCCUGCUCUACCUCCUUUAACUUCCAGCCCCAGGCAGACAACGUUGGCACCCAGGACCACCUCUACCAGUAGAGUGCCACAUUUAAGUCAGAUUGUCAGCUUUCAGUUUAAGGACCAUCUGGCUUGCACGGUGUGUUUAUACAAGAUUUGACACAAUGGAGCGUAGCCCAGACUAGAAGCUUCAGGAC